AUGACCGCACUUGUGCACCAUAACGCCCUGAACAGCACACAGGACCCAGCCGCGCUAACCGCACUACUUACUACGUACUUACAGCGCAGUCUUGCCGUGUUAACAUGUCCUAACACCGAGGAUGUGUUGUUGAGAUUUUCCACGUCGCAGAAGCCUUUCCAAUCACGGCUUUUAUUUGUGCAGACUUCGCAGGUCGACAAAUUCCUCGGAUUAUUUGAUGUGAUAGGUUUUAACAAAUUUUCGGUUAUUAUCACUAAGGCUACGGACGUAAAGCAGAAAAUAAGUAGAAAUGCAGACAAUGAGAAUAAUGCAAGGGAGAUGGACAAUAAACAAGGGAACAGAAUAGGGUUACCAGUGUGCAACGACGCGGGCCCCGCCGUCAAGAAGCAGCGGAAGGCGCGGACGGCUUUCACGGACCACCAGCUGCAGACGCUGGAGAAGAGCUUCGAGCGGCAGAAGUACCUGAGCGUGCAGGACCGCAUGGAGCUGGCGGCCAAGCUCAACCUCACCGACACGCAGGUCAAGACGUGGUACCAGAACAGAAGGACGAAGUGGAAGCGCCAGACGGCCGUCGGCCUCGAGCUGCUGGCCGAGGCGGGCAACUACGCCGCCCUCCAGAGGCUGUACGGGCCCGCGUACGGGUGGCCGUACCCGCCCCAGCCGUCCUCCGCCGCCGCCGCCGCCGCUGCCGCCGCCGCGCUCAGCCCCGCCGCCGCCUCCGUGGACCUGUACUACCGCCAGGCCGGCGCCGCCGCCCUCCAGAAGCCCUUGGCCUACCGCCUGUACCCGCCCGGCCUGCCCAUCCUGCCGCCCGUGCCCGCCGCGGACCCCCUCCGCGACGCCCUCAGACCCGAGGCGCUCAGACCGGAGGCCAUCAGACCCGAGCUGCUGAGACAGGAGGCGCUCAGACUCGACCGGCCGGAGCUGCUCAAGUCCGAGGGCGGCAAGUUCGACGCCGGGCGCCUCCUGCCGGCGGACGUGCGCGGGCUGUCCCCGUCGGCGGCCAGAGACCCCGACGACGAAGGAGUGUCCCUGGGGGAGGCGGGGCGGGUCGGCCUCCUGCGCCCCUCGGUGACCCCCUCGCCCCCCCACUGCCCCUCCCCCACAGACCUCCGCGUGAGGGUGUCCCCGGGCCCCCUCAGCGACCCCCACAAAGCCCCGCACUAAACCCCGGUUGUGUGCAGCGCGAGGAGGGAAGGGCGAACGCCUCUCACCAUAUGUAUAAAAAAGCGACUUUAUGUACCCAUAUGUACAAAGGUAGACCGUUACUAGAAUAGCCAAACACAACUCUCGUAGAAUAGCAGACGUUUUAUUUAUAUACAGCUGUAUUUAUAUUAUGAAUAUUCCAUGGACGUGUACAUAAUCCAGUAGCAUGUAUCAUUAAACGAAAAUAUCUCCAGAAAUGCCACUAAGGAGGAAAAAAAAAAAAAAAACAGGAACAAAGCAAAAACUGAUGUAAUAAAAACGAAGAGAACUUACCAAUAACUGAAGGGAAGACGAAGGGGGGCGGAACCCCUCCCCUCCACCCCCCUCCAGUCAACAGGAACAUUCCAAGAUCAUUCCAAGAACAUUCCAAGAUCAUUCCCACAAAAGGUACUCUAGUUUAAGGCUGGCACUCUCUAGUCAUUAACUGCAAAUGAUGUUGUUAGUUGAGAAUUGUGUUAUGACGUGCGUAUGUAAGUGUCAUCAGCAUUGUUAAAUAAAGUGGAAAA